CACACGCACACACACACACACACACACACACACACACACACACACACACACACACACACACACACUCCACUGUAGACAUGAUUCACCCUCUGAUCCUCUCUGGGGUUUUACUUUACAUCUCAGGUGCUGCUGGAGUUAAUAGACUGAAACUUAAUAUAGCAGUGAAAUCUGGAUCAUCUGGCAUUAUUCCAUGUGUGUAUGAUAAACAACAUAAAGAAAACCGCAAAUAUUUGUGUCAGGGGCCAGUUUGGAGCUCUUGCCAUAUAUUGGCAUAUGCAAAUGCGACAGGAAAAUAUUCCAUCACUGAUUAUCCAGACCAGAGUAUUUUUACAGUGCGAUGGGACAGACUGGAGACCUCAGACUCUGGAUAUUACUGGUGUGCUGUGGAGACUGGUGGUUAUGACACCGUAGACGCUGGUUAUUAUUUGUAUCUGACGGUAAAAUCAGCUCCUGACAUGUCUGUGGUGAGCAGCAGUGUAUCUGGACAUGAAGGUGGUAAUGUCAGUGUCCAGUGUUUCUACAGUUCUGGAUAUCAGAAUAAACUCAAACAGUGGUGCAGAUAUAAAGAUCAGAGCUGUUACACAGUGGGGAGGACUGACACAUCCCAGAAUCCAUCAGUCCAGAUCAGUGAUGAUGUUAGGAGAAGAUCCUUCACUGUGCUGAUGACUGGACUGAGACUCAGUGAUUCUGGAUGGUACUUGUGCUCAGUAGGAGAUCUGCAGGUUCCUGUUCAACUCAUUGUCAAUGAACCCAAACAUGCAAUGGCAAAUAUUCCAACAGCUCCACCAUCUGACUCUGAGACAGACAUGUUCACAACACAGUCAUCUGCCAACAGAAAUCCUACAACAUCUAUGAUUACUAAAGUUUUUGCUGUUCUGACAGAAAGUGCGACCACAGACACCGGCCCCGAGGAGGACAAGUAAGUCUUAAAGGGUUAGUUCAC